UGCCGCCAGGGGGAGGCCGUGAGGUGGCGCGCCGUUAGAGCUGCAUGUAAAAUGGCGGACGUGCAUCCUUGCUGAUAUUUCAUCAUUUCAUGGUAAAGUGGAGAGCGGGGGCCACGUUCUGACGAGAUGGAAGAAGGCGAGAACUCCGCAGAGCUGAGGCAAGCGUGCAAUAUGAAUGUACCCUCAUCUCAUACAAAUUCUCCCAUCAUGACCACAGAUAAAGAGACGCUGGUAAGACCAAAUUCUCUUCUGCUAAAUCUGUUAAAAUCUGGUGGUGCCCAGAAUGAAACCUUCACAAUGAAAGAGGUAAUUUACCAUCUUGGUCAGUACAUUAUGGCCAAGCAGUUGUAUGACAAGAAGCAACAGCAUAUUGUCCACUGCUCUAAUGAUCCUCUUGGAGAACUAUUUGGGGUACAGAACUUCUCUGUAAAAGAACCCAGGAGACUGUAUGCAAUGAUUUCCAAAAAUCUGGUAACUACUGAUUCAAAAGACUGUGUAGAAACUUCUGAGAAAGACGCGAGUUGUUUUUCCCAAGACGAGAGUGCUGCACAGAAUUCGGCUGAGGAAGUACAAGAGAACAUAACCCCCUCUGCAUCGUCCCCCAAGAAAGCCCACAGUGAAUCUGAAGAAAGUUCUUCAAAUGGUCAACCAUCAGAGCCUCAGAGAAAGAGACAUAAGUCAGACAGUAUUUCUUUAACCUUUGAUGAGAGCCUUUCGUGGUGGGUGAUAAGUGGCUUACACUGUGAUAGAAAUAGCAGUGACUCUACAGACACCUCUUCUAAUGCAGACCAUGAGGAAUGCUCUGGAAGUGAGGACUCAGAUUGGUUGGAUCCAGAUUCUGUUUCUGAUCAGUUCAGUGUUGAGUUUGAAGUUGAGUCUGUGUAUUCAGAGGAUUAUAGCCCUAGUGGAGGUGAAGAAAGUCUCACAGAUGAUGACUUGGAUGAUGAGGUUUACCAGGUGACUAUAUACCAAGCUGAAGAAUCGGGAGACUCUUUUGACGAGGAUACGGAAAUUUCUGAAGCUGAUUACUGGAAGUGUUUACAGUGUGAUGAGAUGAAUCCUCCUAUUCCAAGAUAUUGUAAAAGAUGUUGGUCUCUUCGUAAAGACUGGCUCCCAGACCAAAGUGAAAAGAAGAAUUGCCCCUUAAAAGAAAAGAGGUGGAAGGAUUCCCUGGAAGAUGAAGGCAUUGAUGUCCCAGAUGGCAAAAAGCCAAAACUGACAGAUAUGCAAGAUUCAGUUCUCGCAAGAAAAGAUGACGAGGGAAUACAGAGCUGUGAAUCCCAGGAAACUGAGGACUUUUCUCAGCCCUCCACAUCUGGAAGCAUCGCAUCUUGUAGUCAGGAGGAGUACAGAGAAAGUGAACAAGCUCACCAGGAAAGUUCAGAAGGGAGCCUUCCACUUUCUUGUGUUGAACCUUGCGUAAUCUGCCAGACUAGGCCGAAGAAUGGAUGCAUUGUCCAUGGCAGUACAGGGCAUCUCAUGGCAUGUUAUACGUGCGCGAAAAAACUUAAGAAGAGGAACAAGCCUUGCCCUGUAUGCAGACAACCAAUUCAAAAGAUCGUAUUAACCUAUUUCAGCUAGAAGGCAGGACUGAUUAAUAAACACAACAUGAAAAUGCAAGACAAAAAAUUUGGACUCUUCAGAAUAUAUGAAUGGUAGAGAAGGGACUGUUAGAACCUAAAUGAACUUUAGGCUUGAAGAAAACAGAAAUGUCUUACUGAAAUAAUCUACUACAUUAGUUUAUUUAAGCACUUGCACAUAAAUUAAUAGUUUAAAAUCUUUAUAGGGCAGAAAAUGAAUGCAGUUUAUUUUUAACCAGAGACGAAGAGUAGACAGCUUACUUUAGAUUUAAGGAGUCAAUUACAUCAGUAUAGCAGUCAGACAGUAAAGACCUCCAUAGAAAGUUCUAGGUGUGGUAAGCCCUAGCCUACAGUAUAUUAGAUGGGCAUUUAAAGUUCCCUAGCAGGGACCUGUCAUAUGUCAUUAUAAAAUCGUAACUGUAUUCAUUGUCGAAAGGUUAUCCCCCUUAUGGCAUGGCGUGCCUUCUAAAUCCUAAAUUUGGCUGUACCAUCAUAUACUCCUGGCAUUCAUGCGGUUAGGAAUCCAUAUUUAGAUAAUAAUUUGGGUAUUGUCAAGAUAUUUCUAAUAAAAAAGCUGUUAAAAUGUUGCUCUACAUUCUGGAGUAGGGGCAGGAGGAUCUAAACACUAAGGCCUCAUGCACACGGCCGUUCCGUGCAUUGGGGACAGCAAUUUGCGGUCCCCAAUGCACGGGCAAUGGGUCUGUGAUCCGUCCGCACCGAAAAGAAAUAGAA